AUGACUAUACAGCAAUCUCCCAAUGACAGCACCCAAAAGGUGUGGAACCAUGAGUUUACCUGGACAGAUAAGCACUUCACGCCCGAAGAGCUGCUGCCAUUGAGACAGCAGACCGAUGAUCUUGCCGUCGAUGCUGUGAAUCGACUGCAGGCUAUUGCUACAAAGGCGAAGAGCAAACAAAGCAACACGGGACAUUGUUUUGGUCGAUUUGACAUGUAUAGUGUUCUGAAAGAACAUCAUGAAGAAGACAGUGUGCUGCAAGAACUCUGGCAAGAAGUAAACACAGUCCCUGGAUGGGUUGACUGGACACAAAUUGAACGCGGACAAGAGUUUAUCCAUCGCUAUAUGAUCCCCAACAUUACCGGACUUGCUCUCCAGGGAUUCCUAGGCGGCACCGCAACAAUCGCAGGUGGAACGGAGGUCAUCGUCAGAACGGGGGGCUUUUCCAUCCGUGUCCUGCCUAGAAGAUUCCUCGAAAGCUUCCUAUGGCUAUUGCAAGUGACAAUGGAUCUGGAGUCUAUCAAACCCGGUGGAGAAGGACACACCUCGACCGUACGCGUCCGUCUAUUGCACGCUACAGUUCGGAAUCGAAUAGUGAAGCUCAUGGACCAAGACCCGACGUACUUCGAUGAAGCUAAGUAUGGCGCGCCGGUUAAUAUGAGAGACGCAAUUCAUGCGACGGCUAUCUUCUGCUGUAUGCCGCCCUUCCGGCAACUCCCUAAGAUUGGUAUCCAGCCUCGCCCGCAGGAGACGGAGGAUUUCCUGGCGCUGUUUCGAUACAUUGCCUAUAUCAUGGCGACUCCGAACGGCUUCUUUGACGGAGCUGAACAAUCAAAGGCUACUAUGGAGAGUGUCAUGAUGUGUGAGCCUGAGCCGACAGAGUCCUCUAAGGCUGUUGGAGCGAAUUUCGUCGCUGCUAUCCAGGAUUAUCCUGGUGUCAAUGUGUCUAAGUCAAUGAUCGAAGUUGGAUGCCGUGUACUGAGCGGCGACGAACUGGCAGAUAAGAUGGGAUUUUCGCAGCCUGGGAUAUUUUACAGGGCCUCUUUCAGAGGAUGGUGCCAACUUCUUGUGGCUGUUAACGCUCUUCAGCGGUUGUCCCCGGCCUUUGAUCAAAUACUUAUGAGGAAAUCGAAAGAGUUCGUGCUCGUCAACGUGUUUGGGGCGUCGAUUUUGAAAGAAGGGAACAAAUUCGAGUUCACUCACCAACCACAACUGAACAAAUUGACCAAGAAAGAGACUAAGACUGAUACCAAUCUCUCCUGGUUCAGGCCGGUGGAGGCAAUCGGGUUUGUUAUGUUCCUAUUUGAAUGUCUUGUUUAUGCCCUGGCCUUUGGCUUGCCGGGAUAUGUUCUCUAUGCAAAUGGCAUAGUCUCUCGCACUUUUCUACAUGUCCUUGGAUAA